GGAGUGAACUUGGUACAUCCACUAUUACUUUUUCCUUUUUUAUUUAAUUAGGCAGCUCUGUAGCAAAUACCAAAGCCCAUGCAAUAGUAUUCCUGAUGGAAAAGAAAAACCGAUGAUUACAUAACAGUGUAUUCACACGCGCUCGGGUUAUAGUGGUGCAUUGGGGAAGCCGUGUGACCAACAUGGGGGAUGUGAGUGAAGCGUCUCUGCUGGAUUACAUCCAUUCCUCAGGCGGAAAAGUUAAAAAUGCAGACUUGUUGAAGACGUUUAAGCAAUUUGUCAACCAUAAUGAUUUGCUCCUACGGGCCAAAUACAGAGAGGACUUCAAAGUCAUCAUCGACCGGAUAGCUGUGUGUAAAACUGAGAACGGAGAGAAGUACCUUAUCCUGAAGAAGAAGUACAAGCAACUCAUGCAGGAGCGUGAAUCAGAGCCUGCGGUUUCGGGGCAGGGAGUGAAGAGGAAAACGAAUCAAGUGGAAUGGUGUGUAGGACCCACCAUUACUGUUACCGAUGCACGAGACCGAGACCGAGACGAGAGCAAAGAUGUUCAUUUGCAGUCGGGUAUUCUGAAGAGAAACACAAAUCAAGUGGAAUGGUGUGUAGGACCCACCAUUACUGUUACUGAUGCCCAAGAGCCAGAUGAGGGCGAGGAUGUAACAGUCGACUAUCAUUCAGUGGAGAACCCAGAACCACUGUCAGAGGAGAAUCCUGAACCCACAGACACAGAGGAUGACCUGGACAAGGACUCGGGGUCAAAGUCUGAAUCGGAGCAGGAGGAAGAAUCUACGGGUAGUGUAGGCUCUGCAAAUGUUGCUCUGGAUCCUAUUGAGAAAGAGUGGAUCUACUCUGCAGCAUGUGGCAGACUCUCACACCUCACCCAGCUGCUCAAACAGGACGCCUCACUGGCCAACAAAAAAGAUUUUACCUCAGGGUUUACCGCUCUGCACUGGGCUGCUAAGCAUGGAAAAGAAGACAUGGCUGUCGCGAUGGCUAAAGCAGGGGCCGACGUCAACAUCAAAGCCCAUGGAUACACACCUUUACACAUUGCUGCACUACAUCGUCAUAUGCAUAUAUUUAAUUUACUCGUCCAAACCUACGGUGCAAAGGAGAAUGUUCGUGACUACAGCGGCCACUUAGCAUCCCAUUACCUGAAUUUACAGAAAGCGGAGGACAGCACUGAUCCGAAUGCCGGAUACCACAGCCCCACGCAGGUGACCGAGCGCCGCAACAGGAAGCUAACGUCUCUGUUUCAGUCACGGAAGAAAUGGGGUUCUGCAGAAGAACUGGCACCCGUCCCAGAGGAAAGGAGCGUCCCGCAUCAGCUCGUGGUCCCUGCAUUCAGACCCAGGAAGUUCUCUCGCUGAACAGUGAUCGCUGCUGUACAGUAACCGGGGGGUCGAGCACAAUUGGUUCUUUUACAAGGAACGCAUUUAUGGACCUGGUGUUUGUUCUUUUUCUUGUUCAUGUUAAAUAAUUUUUGUUUUAUUUAUGUUUUUGAGUUGUCUAUUUUUUUUUUAUACACUAUGAUGUUUCAAGUCAUAUGGCUUUAUAAUAUCUAAUCUCUUAUAUAAAUAUAUAUAUAUUGUUUUAAUGCUGCUACAUGCUUUCCAAAGCCGAAUGAACCGCAUUUGACCGGUUGCUAUUUUUCUCACCUCACAUGACUAUUUUGCAUAUUGCAGUUCAUUUGCUUUUAAAUGAAACGUUUUAUACCAGUGACGUCUUGUUGAAGCUCAUAAUAGAUUUUUCGGAUUAAAAUAUAAAAAAUUAAUCAAUAAAUAAAAUAGCAUUUUUGCCUUGAGUGUAAAAUGUGUUUUCACGUUUGUUUUCUGUUCUAAUAAGGCCUAUUUUUUUUCAGAUGAUCAUGACAUGAACAAAUAUAUAUAUUUUUUGACUCAC